AAACUCGUCCGCUCGUCUCUUGGGGAGGCCCGCUGCGUCCUUUUAUCCCUCUGCCGUCGCCAGAGCCAUGGUUGCGAGCCGGACGGUCGAAAGAAGCGACAACGGGCGAUGAAACAUCGAUGAACGACACCGACACCAACCGUCAAACAUGGACGCCCUGUUCGCAAUAUCAAAUUCGCAAUAUGCAGAAUUUCCUAAACGGGAAGCGGCGAAAUAUACCAAAGGCCUGAUAAACCCCUACAUUUACGAUCCCAACAUUCCCGCUGCCAUUGUCGGCGCCAUCGUCAUCCCGCUCCUCUCCGCCGUCCUCAUCUACCAGUACUUCCGCUAUCGGUCAUGGUUUUUCUGGGCCGCAGUCAUCGGCGUGCUGAUGGAGACCAUCGGCUUCAUCAGCCGCCUCGUCUCCGCAAAGGACGAGCACAACGACUUGCCCUUCCUCAUCGCCUUCCUGAUGAUCUUAUUGGCACCCAGCUUCCUCGCCGCAGCCUGCUAUACAGCUUUUAGCCGAGUAGUCUGGUUCUCCUGUCCCGCACAUGCCCUCUCUUUCAAAGCUCUAUGGUGCUUCCCCCGCUGGAUCACUCCGACCUUCGUAAUCUUUGACCUCUUCUCCUUCGUCAUCCAACUCGUAGGCGCCAGCCAGAUCUCCAACUCCUACGACCACGACGACUCCCCUCUGCGCAGCAUCGAGGAGUCGGAGAAGAAGAUGGUGGCCGGCCGCGUGAUCCUCGUGCUGGGCUUAAUACUACAGCUCUCCUGCUACCUCACCUUCGCCAUCAUCGCUCUCCGCUAUUUCGUCAUCAGCUUGCACUGGCGUGCCAACGACCUAGGAGAUUGGAAAAUGUGGCGUCGUCUCUCCUGGAUGAUCAACAUUGCUGCUGGGCUGAUCACUCUCCGCGCCAUAUACCGUACCAUGGAGAUACCGCUCGACAAGGGCUCGGGGCUGCGUUAUUUACAGCAGCAUGAGUGGUGCUUUUGGUGCUUUGACGCGUUGCCCAUUGCGGCCGUGUUGGUGGUGAUGGCGGUGUGGCAUCCGGGGAGGUACCUGCCCAGGACCUAUACCAGUUGGGUUCUGGAUAAGAGGAAGGCUGUACAGGAAAAGGAUGAGUUGAGGCCGGCGAGCGUGGUGUCCGACGUCGAACUUCGGGAGUUCACGCCGCGGGACUUUGGGGGCGGCGUUGGCGUGAGGGUCUAGCAAACAAAGAGGAAUCGUGAGGAGAAUAAAGGCGGAGAAAAGAAGGCCCAGAGGGCCAGAGGGAGUGCUCUAAUGUAUGAUACCAUUGCAUGGCCGGCGUUGUGGGAAUGUACCUUGAAUUCAACAGGAACCGCUUUUGAUUACUCCCCGUAGCAGUCUACAGAGAUCAU